CCGACCAACUAUGGCGGGAACAUCAGUAUGUCUACUGAUACUUUGUCUCAUCUGGGAAACCUCGGCAUUUGAAGCACGGAUUACGAAGCCCGUCAUCUGUGACAGGGACGAGGUUAGGUUCCAUCGUGGCCACAAGUACCUCUACCAUUACAGUACCACAGUGGAGACGAGUUUUGUGGGAACGACAAAGUCUAAAUCGGCUUUUAAACUUGACUGUGAGGUUGUGGUAGAAGCACGGAGGAAGUGUGAAGCUUAUAUGAAUGUAACGACGUGUUCGCUUUAUCACCGACAAUUAGGAGAAGAUGACUUGUAUAUCAAAGAUACAGCUUUGUCAGCAGAUAUAACAAAUCUUCUAGGAGGGGAGCUGUACUUCCAGUUUGGUAGUGGGACGAUUCGUCCACACACUAUUGUGGUGGAUCAAGCAGAGACAAACGACGCUCUCAACAUAAAGCGUGGGAUUCUGUCAGCACUCCAGAUCAAACUCAUCACAGAGGCACCCGGAGACCAGACACAUACCAUGGAGACGGAGGACUUGAUCGGGUCCUGUCCUACCGAGUACAUAGUUGAGACUCCGAACAGGAUACACACGUCCAGAGACAUCACCAAGUGUCAGGUUCCACAUUACAACUACCGCCAAAACAACCUGAUAUCCAUGAUCAAGAGUGUCUAUGGGGGCUAUGUCCACGGUGUGAUUGACGAGCUGAUUUAUCCAUUCAAUUCAACAAUAAAAUGUGAACAUACAUUAGGAAUAAACCACAGACUCGAGGAAACAAUAUGUCUACAGCAACAACAGUUUCGUCCUUUUGCACGCGAGGGGGCCGGGAUUGCAACAUGUAUGACCAAUGUCAGUCAGCAUCUGAUCCUACAGGAAACAGGAAUUCUCGUCGAAAGUAAUGUAAAUCGUAAAAUGAAAGGCAAGAAAUCAGGAAGUCUGAUGUAUGAGUUUGAUGAUCGCGGAGAAACUAUUCUGGUGACCAGAGAUGAUAUCAGUCACUGGCUGCACUCGCUAGCAACUCAUAACGAUACCCUGGAAACAAACCCUAAAUUAUUCCACGGUUUCCUAUGGUGCCUUCGACAGGCACAGAUUAACGACAUGUUGGAGGUUAUGGCAGAUGUAUGGAACUGUCAUGGAAACCAUGGAAAUCAAUGUAACAAGAAAGAGCAGAGACUGAAACAGGACUUCUUUCUGGAUGGUUUACUCUCCUGCGGGACAGAGGAGUGUAUCAACGUGUUCACACAGGCAAUGAGAGCCGGACGUGUUAAUUCCUGGCUCGAGUAUAUGUUUGUAUACGAUGUUGCCCUGUACCAUAAAGCAUCAACACAGGUUGCAACGUCCAUGUUGGAAAUGUGCCAAGAACGAGAAGGAAUAAGCUGUUGGUUUCCUUUGAGCAUUAUGGUCGGCAAGCUUGCGACUUCUGGUGGGUUAGCUGUAGAUAUGGAAUCCGGUCCUUUGUAUCGGACACUACAUCAUGUCCGCCAGACAAUUGGGGACACGUGUCAGAAUGGAAUUUCACAGACUCUAACUGAAACUGAGAAGCAGCAUACCAUAGAUGAACUUCUCGUGAUGAUAAAGGUUCUUGGCAACAUAGGAGAGCCAGUCCAAUAUAUCUACGACAAUAAGUAUACCGGAAUGGAAGGCGGACCCGGGGAUAGGAGACUGGUCCAGGCUUUGCUACAGUGCGCUUACAAUACAGAUUUACCUCAUAAAGUCUCAAAGACAGCUGUACUGGCACUUCACAAUAUGGCCUUUACCUCAGAGAUGAAAGAUGCUCUGGUUGGUAUUCUUGGCGAUAUGAAUCGACCACCUUCAUUACGGACGAUGGUAUUCGCUCGGCUAAUUAUGCAGCCCGAUCGUGAAUUGGCCGCUGGGCUCUAUGAACUAGUGUACACCGAGAAGAUGCGCUACAUGAAGAACUAUAUCAUCACCUAUAUCAAAAGUCUACUAAAGAACGACCAACCGGAUCUGCAACACUUACGCAAUAUAUGGCAGGAUUUGAUUGAUGCCGACUCCAGAAGGUUUCCAUAUGGAAGUCAUUUUCUAGGGAAAUCAAAAUACAUCGAAAUGUCUCGUUACGUCAGGUUUCCCAUCAGUGUUGAAUAUUACGGUCUUCAGAUAGAAAUCGACACAGUUUACAACAUUGCUAGUCCCGUUGUCAAUGCAGUUGUUCUCCGUGUGAACUAUUACGCCGGCGAAAAGGUCAAUCUCUUAGAGUUGGCUGCGGAUAUUGAUGAUUUCCACGUCAUUUUGGAUGCAAUUAGUCAGGACAUAAACAUCCUACAGAAACUUUUUCCUUUACCUAGUAGACAGUUUGACACAUCACGGGACGAAAUGGUGUUUUCUACUCUACAGAAAAAUAUAGUGGCAGCCAUUUUGGAAUUAUUCGAUAAGAUUAAUCUUUCUCAAAUGAACGUACCGGAUGGCCUAAUUCAUGUGAAAGUGUUAGGUCAAGAAUUAUUUUAUCUGGAGGUUCGGGAUUUGAUGAAGGUUCUAUUGCAGAAGAGUUCACGACAUUCCAUCCAAGAAGUUGUCAUGAGACACCUGCAUACAAUACUAGGACAGUUACCAAUGUAUCGAACCAGCUCAACGUCGCUGGUAGACAUUGUCAAAGUGUUGCCUACUAUUGGCGGAUUUCCAUUGAAUAUGACGGUUUCCGUAGCAAUGAAUAUGGGUCUGGAAUUCGAUGCCAAAUUGUCCAUGCCAGACAUUCUUAGCUUGAAAACUGAUAUUAAAUUGGAUUCAUCUAUUAAAACUCAUGCUGCUGUACACUUUAACGGAGAACUGAUGACGAAGUUUGGACGGCACACUCUUUCUGGUGCUGCAGCCAGUUCGAGUGGACUAUUACAGUUGUCGAUCGCCCCAUCUCUACGAUUUAACCCUGAGCCUAAUCCUCCAAGGGUGUUUGAUAUGUCUCUAAGUCAAACCAAUACAGAUUCCAAAUACACUAUAGCAAGCAUGAGUGGGAAAUUGUACUUGAUGACCCCAUCCGGUGAGAUUGAGGAGAUAGAGCCAGAUCCAGAAAUCCAGACCACGAUACAUGAUUGUGAUAGAGGACUUCUGUCUGCUGUCAUGGGUAACCAAGUGUGCUUCACCACUGUGUUCCCUAACACGACAUCGUCUACCAGUCACCCUUACUUCCCCUUAUCUGGACCGUUUCACUUUAGCCUAGAUACACGUAAAGUUGAAACGAAUUCAUUCCAACUGUCAAUUGUGCGCGACUGGGAUAUAGAUGAUCACCUUUGGAUCAACAUUACAAGGCAAGGACAGGAGAACAUGGAUGGCCUGAUUCUACAUGCCAAUAGAAAAGACCGUUUGCAUUUGGUUGAGCUGUUGAUUCCGGAUGCCCAGAUACAUCUCUACUUCAAACGUGACCGCCUUUGGUCUUAUGGUGUAAUAACUACAGGUUAUCGAAUAUUCGAUGUCCAUCUCAGUGUAUCUGGCAAAAGUCUCAACAGAUUCUUAGUAGAGGAGCGAUGGAAUAAAACGCUGAACCAAGACCGGACGUCUACUUUAACAACUCGUGUCAUCGUUGAUGUUGUCCUGGCUAUUCCUGGUGCGAGUUUGGCAGUCACAGUAAACAGCUUCAGGAACAGGCAAACUGGACAUUACAACACCGCUUUUAAUGUUACCUAUCAUUGUAUUAAAGCUCGUCCCCUGAUGUACCUACUUCACUGGAACCCUUCCCUUGCCAGACAGAACGGGGAUACGUCUGUGGCUCAGUUCGUUAACGAUGCUGUCAUUGGUUACAUUAACAAUACCAGCAAUUGGAGAGCAAAUGACUUUAUGCUGCUGAAACUACCAGGGUUUCAAUUCAGCCUGGAAAAUAAAAUGGAGGCAAACGUGACCCAUGCUAACCGUCACACGGUCAUCGUGUACACAGGAAUCACAGGCCAGGAGCACACAGUGACAAUGGAUGCCCACGUGACCAACAGUAGUAUUGGCACCUAUAACAACUAUGACUACUUCAUGCUGUUGACACACACCGGAAUGCCAUACAACCUGUCACUUCGAGGUCAUUUGAAAGGCAGCAGCCGAAAUCUAAACAUAUUGACAGAAAUUGAACAUAUUUCAAAGACUAUUCAGGAGUCAUCAAGUCUUGGAGAGACAAAUCUAUCUGACACAGAAGACGGCUUGACAGGAGAAGGUGAAGGAGGGUCCGAAGUAAGUCCCGACACGGUCCCGUGUAUAGAGAAUCCCGGAAAGACAGUGGUAACUUUGACUGUUGUAGGUGUUCCCGUGCCCGAUGGGAUAGAGAUGAGGUGGGACUACAACUACACCAGAGAUGUUUGUGGGGGACAAGUGUUAUACCGUUCAAUUGGCCUGUACGGUCGUCAGCGUGUCAACACACGUAAAGAUUUCCACCACUGGGUGACUGUAAAUGCGACUGUUACAAAGUCACGUGAUGCCGUGGGGCAGCAAGAUGUUGUGGUCAAGUCCAAGUCUUACAGUAGUAACUUCCGUUUCCGUUUCAAACUCAAUCGCGUUCUCCAUGUGGUGCUGGACUACAGCAGUCAAUUGAUCAACGCUUCCUACAUUCUGCACCUGUAUGACAUCUCGGGACGUAAUAUUUCCGCUCUUAAUACCUAUAAGUUCCAUACUCCAUGGCCCGUGAUCAACUUCGAUAUUAGACAUUUUUAUCGUUGGACGGAUCAUCUGAUUCACGAAACUGAAGUGAGUACUGCCUGGAUUGAUAUCGACACAACUGCUCAUUAUUAUAUCGGCUGGUUUUUCCCCUUCAGGAUUGAGGUCGACAGCACUAUAGAUUCACGGAUGCCAUGGUUGCCAGGAAAAACUAACGUUACAGGAAAAUAUGAAAUGGCACAAAAUGUUUUACCACAGCUGUUAGUAACUCUGGAAAGAACGGAAGGCACGAUUGAAGUAAAGGCUGACAUGGUCAACACUAGGUUUAACAUCAUCAUUGUUACAUUCUAUAAGCCCGAUGACACUGCAAUGCAUGUUCUCACGUGGGAGAUGUCACUUACAAGCCCACAUGCGAGUACGCACACCUUAAGCUGGAAUCCUGAUCUGGUCAGAGUAGUCUCGGAUGAUGUGAAUAGUCGGCUCAGCGGAUUGCGGUUAGGACUCGUGGCGGCUGGGGAGGUUGCCUUGCUGAAUGCCGAGAAACCUGUGUACCUGAUGGUGAUACCAUUGACAGACAUGACAGUAGGUGUGUUCUUUGAAACAUAUUUGUACCCAUAUUUGCGAUUCCAUUUGACAAACGGUGAAAUGAUAUCCACUUCCAAGAGGGCAAACCCUCCAGACGACACGGAAAUUAACGGGGUUGAUGAUUCUGGACCAACUCAACAACGAAAGCCCACAAUUGGAGAUUUAGGAUUGGGUAUAUUGUCGCGAACCGUAGGGACCGUCCUAAAAAGCGCUUCUGAAGUCAGUACACGUCCUCCAUGGCUUGUAGAACGCUUAAUGAAUCUCCUGCUACGCCCCUCCAUAGACAAGAUCUUGGCGGAAUCCCGUGUCACUUUCACAGCCCCUCUCAUCGGAGAAUGGAGAUCAUUUGUAUUUAGUCCAAGGUCUACGUAUGGUCAACGUUACCUGGAACAGCUGUAUUCCCGUUUGUCAUCGGGUCCUUACAGUAGCGACAAAUCCGUCAGUGCCCGUGUCGUGAACCGGCAGUACUUGGUUACUUUCUAUGGUCGGAUCUAUCAUAUACCAGAUGACCAAGCUGCCGACUGCGUCCACCUACUGGCCGCGGACUACGAGCGCAAGACAUUUGCGAUUUUAUUAUCACGUCAAGGCAUUACUGUGGUUACAAGUGAGAUGUCAGUCACGCUUGAAUUCGGGGGAAAUGUCUUCCGCGACAACUGUCCACGCCCCGUACGGUUGCCACUUGGACGUGAAGGAAGUCGAAUGCACGUAUAUAUCCAACGUAACGAUUUGAUUCUUACCACCACGUACGGUGUUCGUGUUUCGUGUCCACAACGUCGAGAUGUAUGUCAUAUUCACCUCACUGGAAAACAUUUUGGAAACUCUUGGGGACUGUUGGGCAGCAACGACGGGGAACCAGGGUCAGACUUUCAGUUUCCUAAUAAAUACAUAGCAUCUUCUGUCACCAACACCUUCAUACAGAGUUACGCUGUUGGAGGACCGCCAAAGUGCAUUUCCUCGGAGUACUACAACCAUGCAGUGAUUAGCGAACCACUACAUUUCCAAUCCCCAAACAAUGUGCAGACGCCAUGUAGUAGAGAAAUGGAGGAAGAAUGCAACCGACAGUUUAAUCUGGCCACGACGAAUUAUGAUUGUGAUUCCUUUAUAUCACCACAACAGUUUUUGGACAGCUGUUUAUCCGAAGCCAGAAGCUGCGGUAGAGUUGCAUCUGAUGCUUGCAAGCAUAUCCGCGCGUAUGAAUUUGCCUGUCGUUUGAAAAUCUCCCAUGACAUAAUAUUUGUGAAUUGCACUCUUGACACACCAUCAUCUUCCGACGAGGGCAGUCGACGACCAGUUGAUAUUGUAGUGGUGGUGUCCGAUAAUUUGGAAUCUUCACGAUCUGACAUAGAGACCCACGUGGAAAUUUUACUACAUCAAAUAAAGCACUUAAGUAAUGUGCAGCUUGGAAUUAUCGGAUACGGAGGGGAUGUGGAAAUCAUCGAUGCUCUAGAUCCUUCGCUGUCGACAAGGUACAUGGUUGCCCUGGAUACGUUGGAUGUGGGAGUGGAUAACUCCCCAUGGAGAACAGCGUGGAAGCGGUUUCCAAAUGUGGAUACCAUGAACGAUGCGUUAGAUAUGGCAGCCAGCUACCCUUAUCGUCUGAAUACUCAGAGGGUAGUCAUCGUUAUAUCAAGGGAGAUGGUUCCAAGCAUAAGUGAUGAAGUAAAACUGAAAUAUCAAAAUUUGGAUAUAAUAGUGAAUUCCUUCGGGGAUUACAAGUCCUUGGAUCCCUCGAAAAAAGUCCAUGGCAUUAACUGGGACAAUACCGUUAUAAACUGGGACUGGAUGUCGUCUUAUCAAAUUUUGCCUCUCCCUGAGGGUAGUCUAGUGGAGCUAGUCGUAGCCACCAAGGGAGCCGUCUUCAACGCUGACAUAAUCACCGAGCGUCGAAAAACGAGACUAAAGAAAGUCGUCAAGCAUAUAAAAGAACAAAUUAAGUUCAAUGACGUCUGCUAACUUUGGAGGGUAACCUUUAGUUACAUGAACAAUAUCAAUAUUUUGUGUGAAAAUUUUGAAAUUGGCUUAAACACCAUUUAAUAUCAUCCCAUUAUUUUACAGUGUUUUAAUUGGUUUAAAUGUCGUUCUUAUUUUCAUAUCGUGAAAGAAAAAUGAGAUUUUAGGCUUUCUUAAAUGAAUAGUCGUAUAUUUACCUUGAGGCAAAUGUAACAAAUUACAUAUUUCCCAGUAUGGACAUUACAAAACUUUAAAGACCAUGCACCCGAAAAAAAAACGAAAAAAAAACUUAAUCAGCUGAAAAAUUAUUUUUUAUUGUAUUUCAACAACCAAAUGUAAGUCUUCCUGGUUAGUUUCCUUUAUAAAUACGAAGUAUUUUAUAUCAUUAUUUUUCCCUCAAUCGACCUUUAUCCUUUGCCGUAUACUAUUCUACAUUGAAAGUAAAUCUGUAAAAACUCCUACAGAAAUGUAUUUACAGUGAAUGGGUAUGAUUUACACCAAUCUAUUAUUGCAGUUGAACAGGGAAAAUCUAGAUACGUAACUAUUCACUAAAUACUGGUUUUACGAGCAUUUCCGGUAUUGUAUAUCAAAUGUGUUUCCCACCUGGUAAUGUAAUAUAUUCUUAUGAAUUGUUUUAUUUCAAUCACAAUUUUCACCUGAUAAGAAAUUUUCAAUUAUUUUCACUUUUGUUUUAUCUAAUUCUAAAUAUACCAUGUCUAACUAAAAAUCGAUAUAUUAUCCCUUAAAAGAAUAUCGUUCAGCACCAUCUUAAAAUGUAAUAUUGCGAAACAGUAUAUGCACAUAACUGCACCCUCGAAUCGGUAUUAUACAGUUAAAAAUACAUGUUAUAAUACCUAUUUAUAACAUAGUAACGAUAAUAAACAUAAACACUUCCAAGAUAUCAGAUUGCCUUUUUUCUGUCCCAUUCUACCCGUCCAUUUAUCACAUAAUGGCUGUAUACCAGUAAUUUUCAAAAGGACUAGUUUAAGGGAAAAUAACAGAUUUUCAUAAACGAACUUAAUCCCACAUAAAUAUGCCUUAUUAUGUAACUGACCAUCAUAUACAUGUCUUAGUUGUACACGCGUCUAUGAAAAAUGCUUCCCUUUUAUGGGCAAUACAUGGGAUAUAUCUUUUGUUAACUGUGUAUGUGUAUACUUGCUGUAAAUAACAAAACAACAAUUGCUGUUAACAUGUACAUGGUAAUGGAAAUAAUUAAAGUAUUAGUAUAUUUUUAA